GCAGACAAUAGGUGCAGACCCUCCCCCUCCUCUGCCAUGUGAACAGAAGUGCUGAGAGAAAUCUCGACUCUUCAUUCCUGAGUCACAGCGACUGAGCCUUAGGAUUUCAUUAAGUUUUCACAGACAACGCGUCCAAGGGGGGGGGCAACUCGUCUUUCACCGCCGCAACUCGCGUAAAUGUUAUGUUAUCCAGUGACAAUUAUACAAAUAAAUAGGCCACAGAGCUGCUUCGGUGUAACUUUGAGGAAUUGCUCGUCCGGUAGUAUCGCGAGUUUAGCUCGUCGGCGUGAAUUAGGUGUUGCUACUUCCUGGGGAGCAGAAACGUGCCGACUUAGCUAAUUGUCAAGCCAGCACAAAUGAAACCAUUAAUUAGUAAAAACAAAGGCUUUACUUGGUGUCACAUGAACUUUAGUUAAGCUGAAAUCUGACAUCGGCUUUCAUGUAAAUGGUUGCUUCGGAGUCCUGUUUACAGUCUCCAGCCCGACAUGCAGGGAUGCUAAUAACGCUAGCUCGCUAGUUACCCAACAUUAGUUAACAGUUGUUUGAAAACUAUCGGUGUUUAGCCGGUAAUAAAAAUGUCUGCCGAGAAAAGGACAAGCUGGAUACUGACUGGCGCUACGGGUGCUUGUGUCACCGCUCUGUACGUGCCCUGUGUGCAGAGGACCGUCCCCGGUGGAGACUCAGGAGAGCUGAUCACCACUGCUUGUGAGCUGGGGGUGGCUCAUCCUCCAGGAUACCCUCUGUUUACCCUACUAGCUCGCCUGGCUAUGUAUCUUCUGCCAUCAUUCUCUCCAGCCCACAGUGUCAACCUGAUGGGUAGCCUGUUGGGGGCUGCAGCUUGUAGUGCCCUCUGCAUUACUGUCUGCAGGUUGGCAGGUCCUGGUCCUGGAGCAGUACUGGCUGGAGGGCUGUUUGCUGUGUCCAGGCUGAGCUGGCAGUGGUCCAUGGUGGCAGAGGUCUUCACCCUCAACAACCUUUUUGUUGGUCUGCUCUUUUUCUUGAUCACCAGCUUCCACUGUGCUGAAAAUGCCAAGCAAAGGAGGAAGAUUGCACACUGGGGAGCGCUAUGCUGUGGCUUAGGGCUCUGUAACCAACACACCCUGGUGCUGUAUAUACUGGUCGUCAUUCCCUGGGUCUUUCACCGACUCUACUCUCAUAAGGAGCUUUCUUUGCGUGGCCUUGUGUUGCUGGGAGUGUGUUUCCUCGCAGGCUUUCUGCCGUACAUCUACCUGCCCAUCUCCUCCUACCUCAACACAGCCCGCUGGAGCUGGGGGGAUCAGACCACUCUGUCAGGCCUGCUGACCCACCUUCUCAGGGCUGAAUACGGCACCUUCAGUCUGGCAAAGACCGAGAGCUCUGUGAACUUGACCACAAUGCUACAGGCCCAGAUGGACCACUGCCUUGCGGACCUUUCCCUCCCUGUUUUGGUACUGGCAGGUAUAGGCCUGCUCCUCUCCGCAUGGGACAGGACGUGUCGCUCAGUGUCCUGGCUGUUGACUGCCAUGCUGGUGGUCUACUCACUGUUUUUUGCUUGGAGAGCCAACCUGGACAUCAACCGACCCUUGAUGCUUGGAGUGGUUGAGCGUUUCUGGCUCCAGAGCGAUGCUGCAGUGUGUGUGCUGGCAGGUCUCGGCUUGAGCCGGACUCACACUGAGCUGGAGAGGAGACUGGGUUGUGGGGGGGUGUGGAAGACCACAGGCUGGGUCCUCACUAUGGCUCUGCUGGCACAUAUGGUGCACACCAAUCACAGGGAGUGUGAUCAGAGCAGCAACGGUGUUGUGGAGAGGUUCGGCAGGGAGCUUCUGGCCUCCGUCCCGACAGGCUCGAUCAUCCUGACCAGAGGAGAUCUGCCUGGAAACUCCCUGCGCUACUUAUACUACUGCCAGGGUGUACGGCCUGAUGUACGCCUGGUCGACCAGGAGAUGAUGACAUACACUUGGUAUGUGGCCAAGCUGGCGCAGCACCACCCUGGGGUCGACUUCCCCGGCCGCUGGUGGGACCCGGUCAACCCUGAGGGGAAAGAUACCUUCAGUCUGGAGCAGUUUCUGUCCCACAACACCCAGAGGGAUGUAUUUGCCUGCAUUGGGCUGCCUGAUGGAGACCCGAGCUGGGAACGGAGCUACGCCCGCUGGCCUCUGGGUGUGUGUGACUAUUUAGUGCCAGUUCAGAGGCAGUUUCACCCUGAGGAAUGGGCUCGUCGCACUCGUAACAUCUACAACUGGAGCGAGCCACACAACAGUUUUCAUCCUACGUCCUGGGAGCGUGUCGCUAAUGAGGAGAUGUGGCAAGCCAGGAUGAAGACGGCUUUCUUUCUGUUUGACCUGGCAGAAAGGAUACAGGGAGAGGGGAAAGCUCGCCUCUUUGAGCUGUCUUACAAUCUGUAUAGGGAGAUUGUGGAGGCCCACUCAGACUACCCUCCGAACUGGGACAAGAACUUGGCACUGGCCUGUGAGAGGCUGCUCCGCUCAGGUCACCGGGGCUACAGUCCAGACAGCCUGCUGACCUGCAGUGCCCAGCACUUUAGUCUCUACUUAGAGAAGGAACCCACGGAUCCCCAGGCUCCCGCCAUACGCUCGGCCAUUACUCACGUGCUCAAAGAGAGAGACAGGCUCCGCCAGAGCCGGAGGCAAACCCCAUGACAAGAUCCAGGGAGACUUACAAGGACCUGGCAGACUGAAAGUGUGCUGUAAGCCCAGGCGAAGUGUGAGGCAAAGGGGACGAAGUCUGAGCCAAUGUGCCUCUUCUCAUGGUUAUAAGGUGCUGCUCCAGAAGGAUGUGGUGUUCAGCUUAAUGUUUUGGCUUAAUGGACUUGGCCAAAUUGGACUUACAAGUUUGGAUUUGGGAGUGCUGAUGCAGAAGUACUGGUCUCUAUUUAUCUAGUUAUCUAUUUUGUGCAGACUUCUAGUAACAGAACACUGCACAAAGGAUGGAGAGAAAAGGACUGAGCCAUGCUUCAUUUAAUGAAUGUUUACACUUGACCAGGGACAGGGCUUGACUUCAGAAAGCCUUGACUGACCCCAAUCAAGCUGUGCGUGUUCCCCCUAAACUUACCAUUCGAUUGCUUUAUCGUUACAUCUUGUUCUUUUUUCCUCCUCUUCAGCUGAUUAUUUUGCCUCAACCACUGCUCUACUUCUUUUUCUCACAUUAGGAUGGCAGGGCUGAGAUUGAGGGAAACCCAAUUUGGGGGCAGAAAUGGGGGAUUAGAGCAGCUGUUUAAUCUAGGACAGACUUGGACUGUGCCACAGAGUCCUCACUACGCACCACCAACACUACCCACCCACCCGUCUAUCCAUCAGUCUAUCUUAGAUGGUCCUUUAAAUGUUUAAAACUAAUGGAUUUGAUGAGUUUUUUUUUUUUUUUUCUUCUUCCUUCCUAACCAGAGGGCUAUAAUCCCUCAUGGAUUUAAAUGAAAUGUGAAAUGUCACAAUGCCAGGGACGCUUUUAGAGGUGCGUUUGUGUGUGUGCAUGCUUGCAUGUGUGUUGAUUUGUGUUUGCGUGACUAUGUGUGUGUGAACAUGCCUAAAUCUCUACCCAAGCCCCAUUCCUUCCCCGGAAUCGCAUAUAAAUAUUGUUGAUAAACAGACUGGCACACUGAAAAGCAAAGUGCUUUGAUCAUCGUAGAAACACAAAGUCAUGCAAACUCCAGGGAUGCACGUAGACACGCAAUACUGUCAGCUCCCAGGAAAAUGGACUUGUAGCCCUGUGGUAGCUGGAAAGGCAGUGUGGCAUGCAAACACAGCGACUGGACCAGAAUGACUUGUCUUUGACAUGUUCUCAGGAUCAGACACCUCAGUUACACACGGUUUUUGUGAAUAUCGGUGCUGAUGUUAAUAAGCCUUGUGGCAUGAAAUUAGUUAAGCAGAGGUCAAACCAGUGUAUUGCUAUAAGCUUUAUAAAACAUUGCUGAAGGAGCCUGCUGUUUGAGAUACCACAAAAAAGCGAAGGACAGUAAGUGCAUGUGUGGUUUUCUCAGAAUGUAAUCUGCCCUCUCUGUUUGCAGGCCUGGUUAGCGGCUGUCAGCUGGCGUGAUGAUGAGGUUCAACCUGCUGAAGCACAGAUGGUUUGGUUUCUCAUAGAAAAGAGAAAACUGUU